UGUGUUCAUGGGCUGCUACGAAGAUGAUGGGGAUCGUAUCCUUCCCCAUGAAGAAAUUAACAACAACAUCGCUAUGACGGUUGACAUGUGUCGAAAUCACUGCACCCAGAAGGGAUACUCCUUCUAUGGACUUGAGGACGGACAGCAAUGUUUCUGCGGUAACGUGAUCAAGAGUGGCUACCUGAAAGUGUCCGACAACCAGUGCGACCGUACCUGCACAGGGGAUCCAACCAAGACGUGUGGAGGAUCGUGGAGGAUAGCCAUAUAUCAGGUUGUUUGACGGCCCUGUCGACGUGUCUCAAAUAUAUUAAGUCAACAGCCGGACCUGAAGAACAUUUGAAACCUGUGCUAAAAUAGAUCUGCUUGAAAUGAACUCGGUCGGUCGGUUUAUUACAAGAUUUACGGCAGCCAUGGUGUAAUACGCAAAUGAGAAACGUAACAUCAGUAUUCGGCAUAGCACGAAAAAAAGGCGUUUCUCUGGAAGUUAAGAUGCACCUCAUUGUACUCUAUAUAACACCCUUACUUUGUUCCGUGUGAAGACAAGAUACGCACACCCACUGUGCCGUGUGUUACACCCUGACAUUGUUCAGUGUGAAGACAAGAU